AUGUCUGCUGCUUACUCUGUGAAGAGGAACGAGAAUCCAAGGUACAUGUUGAGGAGCAUGAGUCAAGAGAACAACAAGCGUCCUUUGCUUGUUUACAGUUAUGAGAAAUAUGUGCUUGCAAGUGAAAAGAGAGUCACUUCUCGGAAGCUUGACAAAACCCAGCUGGAUUUCAAGGACGAAAGGGAAAAGAGAGAAAAGUUGCAUGCAAAUCUUGAUGUGAAAGCAAUGUCGGGAAAACUACCUGGAGCAUUUAAAUACCAACUCGCAUUCAAUUAA